AUGGACAACAGCCCGCACCAUCUCUUUACCAAAGCUGUUCGUUCUUUGCAUACACGCCGCAAUGCGCCACCGCCAAUCCCCAUCCCCAUAAAUCCCACGUCUUCUACUAUUCAGAUCUCGAACGCCGCUCGACCGUCGCAGAACCUGACCUGGACCGCCGUUGAGAUGUCCAACUACCCACCCCAACUGACGCGUCGCGACGUACACCACCUCUUCAAGGCCUUUAAUAUCUCACCUGACUUUACGUUACCCAAUACGGCGCGCUUGUCGUACCCAUUGCGGACGUCAAUCUUGGUUGCUGGGAAGCAGGAAGCAGAGCGCGCGGCGAGGGAAGUGAGUGGGCGAGUUUUUGGUGGACGGCAGAUUUACGUGAAGGUCACUGAGAUAGUGGAGUGGGAACAGCGCGAGGUUUUUGUUGCGAAGUUGGCAGACGAGCUGAAAACUGGGAUCAUCAAUACUGCGCACGUUUACUACCCACUCCUUGCGUCGAAGAUCCUCGAAGUCCGCGAACUAGUUCAAGGGGCAUCAUACUCCGCCUUCCUGCAAGCCCGCGAUCCAGUCACUGCGCAUAGUAGUCCCGAAGAACAUAUGGAACCGAUGGAAAACACGGCGAAAUGGGAGUUUGUUGCCGCUGGUCGUUCGGAUGACCGUGCUUCGACGAUGAGUGACAAAGAUGGGCGCUUGUCGGCAUUGAAAAAUCUACAACAGACUGUGGAGAGUCAAGCCGCGCUGGAGAAGAUAUGGUCUGAAUGGCGUGGAAGCUACGUCUUGAACCUUGGUAGUGACCAGGCUUAGUGAGGACGACUGUUGACAGAUCACACAAGGUCGAUUCAAAAUCACUCCAGUCUCACCGGCAUGGAAUAUAUGUGUCUGGAAAGGAACGAGCUAAAAAUCUGUACUAGGUGAGCCUGGAUUUUGUGGAACGAUACCACACAGCCUUGGUCAGUCCGUAGCUCUUCGAAAUAAAAGGAUCGGAUCCACAUUUGUACC